UAGAACAGACAUACUGACGGACCAGUGCAGUCGGACCGAGUCGUGACUGUAGGUUCCGGGCUCCGGUUGGCGCACGCUGUCGUCCGAUAAAAGAGCCGAGACAGUUGCAGAGAGCGCAGCUGUGUCAGGGGCGUGUUCGCCAUCUUGUCUCUAUGGUGGCGCCUAAACUGCCCAGCUGUAGCCACUAAAAUGGCCGUGAACACGAAAAGCUAUCCGUGUUCUUCAUGCGUCUCAGGUCGGGACUUUCUGAACACCGUGCCGGUAAAGUGGGGAGACUAGAGGGUCGGGGCGAGCUGCGUUGUUGUCGAACCAGAGGACGCGCCGAGUCUGGGAGACCUCGGCUGCCGCCGCAGCCUUUGUUGUCUUCCCCUCCCCCCUGUUUGUGUGCAGGCGAGGCCGUGCGCAUGCGUGUAACCAUGGCGCUCUUCAAUGUUUUUGGUCUGAAAACGACCCAGAAAUCAUGAUUAGAUCGCAUUCUGGUGCACGGUCUCUAGUGAUGUCGAUCAUCCAUUAGUUAUCACGCCAAAUCACGAGUCUGCCGACCACUAGCAGUGGUCUGUCCCGGCACUAAUCGGUGUUGUGACGGUCCCAAUUCCCGACCGUAGAGUUGAGCCACUGUCGAACAGCUGAGAGCGCAGCGAAGCGUAUCUCGCAGGGAGACGUAUGCACGCGCUUCUAAACAUGACCCGGACUCAUGUAAACAGAUGGAGCUUCGAUCACAUGUGCCACUCUUCUUCCUGUGAAGGCGGUUCAAUGACCUUCUGACCUGCAGUUAAGAUGUCCAGUGAUGACCAGGGUUCAUUAAAGGGGGAUGCGUCCACAAUGCUCUCUUCUCCCACCUCCUCACAAGGACCACCCCAUGCUCUGCCUUCCAAGCCACCUGAUCUGCCAGACGAGCUGGUGCAGGCGGGCUGGUCCAAGUGUUGGUCUCGGAGGGAGAACCGUCCAUAUUACUUCAACAAGUUCACCAAUCAGAGUCUGUGGGAGGUGCCAGUGUUGGGUCAGCAUGACGUCAUUUCGGACCCUCUGGGACUGAACGCGGCCACCUCUGAUGGCAGCGAUGGUAACAGUGGUCUGAGAAAGAGGAGGAUUUCAGAGGAUCAAGAGUCCAACACCGUCAAACGGGCGAAGGUGGAACCCACCACACCCAUCUCUCCAAACACCCCGGGUGUCAAACCCUGGAGUUCUGCCCAGGAUGAGAAACAAGUCGCACAAGCUAAUGCCGUCAACCAGGCUGCCACCCCGGCCCCAUACAAACCAUCAGUGAUCUACUGGGACCUGGACAUCCAGACCAAUGCUGUCAUCAGAGAACACCCUCCAGCCACCCACCUGCCCCCCCACCCUGAGAUAGAGUUGCAGCGUGCCCAACUUGUCACCAAACUGAGACAGCACUACCAGGAGCUGUGCCACCAGAGGGAAGGUAUCGACCCGCCGCGGGAGUCCUUCAACCGCUGGCUGCUGGAGAGGAAAGUCAUCGACAAAGGCCUGGACCCCUUGUUGCCGAGCGACUGUGAGCCAAUCAUCUCCCCAUCCAUGUUUAGAGAAGUCAUGAAUGACAUCCCUAUCAGGUUGUCACGAAUCAAAUAUAAAGAAGAAGCACGGAAGCUGCUGUUCAAGUAUGCAGAAGCUGCCAAGAAGAUGAUCGACUCCAGAAAUGCAAGUCCGGAGAGCAGGAAGGUGGUGAAGUGGAACGCUGAAGACACGAUGAAUUGGCUACGGCGAGACCACUCUGCCAGCAAAGAGGACUACAUGGACCGGCUGGAGCACCUUAGACAGCAGUGUGGUCCUCAUGUAGCUGCUGUAGCCAAAGACUCUGUGGAGGGGAUCUGCUCAAAGAUCUACCAGCUGUCUGCAGAGUACAGCCGGCGUCUGAGACAAGCUCACCUGAGCCUACUGCCAGACGCCACCACAGACUCCGGGGGCUCACCCUCACAGACGAGACUAGUUUACUGCUACCCAGUGCGUCUAGCUCAGGCAUCGCCUCCCCUGCCGCGGGUUGAGCUUCACUUCGAGAACGACGUGGCAUGUCUGCGAUUCAAAGGGGAAAUGGUGAAGGUCAACCGGGGUCACUUCAGUAAGCUGGAGCUGCUCUACAGGUACAGCUGCAUCGAUGACUCGCGCUUUGAGAAGUUCCUCACAAGGAUCUGGUGUCUCCUGAAACGCUACCAGGUGAUGUUUGGCAGUGGCGCUAACGAAGGCCUGGGCCUGCAGGGGGCACUACCCGUGCCUGUUUUUGAGGCCCUUAACCGACAGUUUGGCGUUUCCUUCGAGUGUUUCGCUUCGCCGCUGAACUGCUACUUUAAACAGUUUUGCUCCGCCUUCCCUGACACAGACGGCUUCUUCGGGUCCAGAGGAACCUUCCUGUCCUUCAGCCCUGUCAGCGGAAGCUUCGAGGCCAAUCCACCUUUUUGCGAAGAGCUGAUGCUGGCCAUGGUGACACACUUUGAGGACCUGCUGGACCGGUCCACCGAGCCGCUGUCCUUCAUUGUUUUUGUCCCCGAGUGGCGUGACCCGGUCACACCAGCACUAACCCGCAUGGAAGAGAGCCGCUUCCUUCGUCACCAACUGAAAGUCCCGGCGUACGAGCACGAGUACCGAUCAGGAAGCCAACAUAUCUGCAAAAGGGAGGAAAUGUCGUACCGGGCUGUCCACGGAACCGCAGUUCUCUUCCUUCAGAACGACGCCGGCUUCGCCAAAUGGACUCCAUCACCAGAGCGUGUGUCAGAGCUGUUGGCAGCAUACCGCCUCCCCUCACCCCGGCCCUCCUCUAUGACCUCCCCCGGCUCCGCCCCCUCAGCAGACUCGGCCCCCCGGGCCCCUGACAGAACGCCGAGUGGUGUGAUGUCAACAGGUAACCAUGAUAACAACAACAACAACAGCAGCAGUCUGCAGGAGAAGAUGGCUGUUGUGUAGUGGGACAAGACCAGACAACGUCACGUCGGAAGUGGGAGACAUUGGGACUCCUCACUACUGCCAGCAGGGCGCACAGCCUCCUUCUUUCUUACUCCGAUCUGCACUGAUAAUGGUCAGCGUGGUGGCGUCGGCAGAGACUAUAGAGGAGAGGCCGGCAUGUCCAUGACAUCGCUGCGAUGUCAUCACAGACCUCAGACGUGUCCUUGCACGCGACCAUGUGAUUGGUUCAAAGGCAGCUAUUGUAGUGAACUCUGGCCAAUCAGAGCACAGCCACUGCAGUGCUGCUGGCGGUCUGAUUGGCCAGUGGUUGGGUUCUUUUUAUAUUUAGAUGGAAAAAAAAUCAGAAUUGACAGAAAUGUUCCUGCUUUACAGAAUAUUGUCGUCGUGUUGUCAUGGCAACCAGCUGGACUUCAGCAUGAGUCUCGAGUUGCGCUUCUGGCAGUCAGCCUGAGGAUUCGCGCGACCCUCGUCACUGUAGCUGCGUUAGCUCUGUGCAUAACCAUGUUAGCUUUGAGCUGAAGUUUGACAGCUGUGUGCCGAGCCGAACUUGGACUCCCUGUGAACCGCUGGGUUUUAAUGUAAAAAGAAAACAAACAAAAGGUAAAACGAUCAGCUGAAGGUUGGUUUCCUAUGUAAAUAAACAAAUUGUGUAAAUCAAUAAAUAUAUUCAACAUGUCACUAAAUUAUUAUUUUGUUACUCUCCACAUUAAAGAUGAGAUUCUGGCCUAAUUAUCUUUUCUGGACAUGUCGUUUAAUUUGGAACACACAACAAAGUGGCGUCCUUGAUGGCAGAACACAGA